AGUAUAUGUUACCGUGCAGAGAAAGAUUGGUCUCAACUGAGAAAUGUGGAGUUCAAGAAGACCUAUUUUACUGGUAUUCUCUUGCCAAGAAAAGUAUUAUUGAGCUGCAACAUCCUGUUACUGGUCUUAUUCCUGCUCAUCCGGGUGCAGACACAUGGGUUCGCGAUUGCACUUACGCACUUCAUUCCUUGUGGGCAUUGUCAUUAGCUUUUGAAAAGCAGCUCUCUGCGACUAAUCGUAGUUUCUACCAUGAAUUGAAAUUUCGAACCAUAAAAGGCAUGCGAGGUUUGUUACAAUCAUUGAUGAAUCAAAAAGAUAAGGUCAUGAAAUUCAAUGCCUCUCAAUCAUAUUUGGAUUGUUUGCAUGCCAAAUAUGAUACUAGCACAGGGCAACCCGUUGUUGGUGACGAUGAAUGGGGACACUUGCAGCUUGAUGCAACAUCUUUAUAUGUGUUGACUUUGGCUCAAAUUACCUCAUCAGGUUUCGUUAUUGUGCAAUCUCUUUCAGAGGUUGACUUUAUUCAAAGCCUGGUAUUGUACAUACAUUUUGCCUAUCAGACCCCUGAUUAUGGUGUGUAUGAGCGUGGUGACAAGAAUAACCGUGGUAUCAGGGAACUUAGUGCUUGUUCUGUUGGUAUGACGAAAGCAGCUCUUUGCGCUAUCAGGGGUCUUAACUUGUUUGGUGCACAGGGUGGAGCUCGAUCAGUAAUUUACGUGCCUCCUGACAUGUCAAGACAGUGUAAUAGAGUGCUUGAGGCAAUCCUUCCUCGUAGUAGUAAAAGUAAAGAGAUAGAGAGCUCGCUGUGGAGCAUCAUAUCAUAUCCAGCCUUUGCCGUUGAAAAAGAUAUGCUUCUUGCUCAAACUAAAGAUUCAUUAAAAAGAAGCCUUGAAGGCCAUUAUGGAUACAAACGAUUUUUGCUUGAUGGCUACAAGACAGCUGUGGAGGACAAGAAUAGGCUUCAUUAUAACCUUGGAGAACUGAGAAACUUUGAGGGUAUUGAGUGUGAGUGGCCGAUAUAUUUCAUCUAUGAGUGGAUUGAUGAACUGUUCUCAAAAAACAUGGAAUCAGCAAACAAUAUAAAACUACAUAUUGAGAAACUUCAGGUGCCUGAUGAGGAUGGAUAUCCAUUGGUCCCCGAAUUUUACUUUGUCCCAAGUGAGAAGGUUGAAGAAGAAAAAUCUUCAAAUGGCUCUCAGGUUCGGCUUUGUGGUGGGAAAAUCCCCUUUUUAUGGGCCCAAUCUUUGUUCAUUGUUGCAGGGCUCUUGCAAAAUGAAUUUAUCAGUCCUAGCAACAUUGAUCCACUAAACCGUAGACUGAGCAUGUCCAAAAGAAACUCCUCGAUUGUGCAGAUAGUAUUAUUAUCCGCAAAUGAGAAGUGUCAAUCCUUUGCAGAUGAGCAUGACAUUCCUUGUUCUCCAGUACAUGACUGUGGUGUAAAAAUGGUCACCCCACAAGUUGUGGUUCAAAUGUGGAUUGAUCUAGGCAUGAAAUCAAAUGUCAAAACUGAUAUGACUAAUUUACAGAGAGUGAGUUCACUACGUACAAGCGUUGUUUAUCAGUUUAAAGAUCAGUUCUUUUUAUCUCUUCCAGAAUACUCUCUUGGUGCUUCAUUUUACAACAACUUAGACAAUGAAAUAUUCAUCCAGAAAACCAUUGCCAGACUUUCAUACCUAUCAUCUCAAUGGUGCUUUCCAGGCAGGCCAAUAUUGAUAAUUUUCUUAACUCCUGAAAAAUGUGCUGACAAAUCAACUUCUCGCUUCCUUGAUACAUUGAAAUCUGGCUCUUUCCAAGGUGUGCAAGUUAAACUAUGUCACACUCAGACUGCUUUGGCAACAUCUUUCAAACAGCUGCUGCCUACUGUCCCAGCUCUAGUACAAAAAGAUAAUGGAAUUUUCAUCUUAGGGACCUCUGAGGCAACAAAUUUGUCUUUUUCUACCAAAACAAGCUCUCAAGAAACUACUGAAGAUUGUGAGAUCUAUUCUGGUGCCGAGAAAUUAAUGCAACUGACAGGAUCAACAGUAUCAGAGAAGUGGAACUGUCUUAACAAGAUUUACAAAGAAAUGGGACAUUUACCUGUUGGUUUGAUUCCAGAGGUACAAAAACUUUACAAACUUGCAUCUGAAGAGACAUGCUGGUAUGUAUUACGACACUGUUCUGCCUUCUUACACAAAGUACAUCCAUCCAUUAAUGAAAGUGUUCUUCAUAUCUUGGUCACUCAAAGGCAAAUUUCAUUUGGGGAAGGUACAGAUGAGGAAACAAUAUCACAACCUCUUCCACUUGCUGAGUUUCUUGAUGUCAUUGUACGACACAGUAAAAAGUGUAAUGUCUUAUUUUCCAUCUACCAAGAAUUGCUCAAUUAUUUGUCUCAACUUGCCCAGAAAAAUCCAGCUCUAUUCAAAGGCAUAUUGAGAAUAAGAAUAGAUUUACUUGUGAAACUCAUUGCUAAAGAAACAUCUGGGGACGAGAAAGUGUUUGACAAAAUGUGUGAGCUAAAACCCAUUCGAUUAUAUCAGCUAAUUUUUAGCCUGCUCAGUGGAGGUAUAUCGGCAGGUGACGAUGAGAAAGAGCUUACCUGGGAAAGAAUACGAUAUAUAGAUGGGUCCUUAAACAGGCUUCCUAAAAACUUUCAUCAUAGUUUGUACGCUCUUAUGAAUGCAACAUCUGGAAUAGAUCUUGGGGGCAACAUCCUAAGAUCUUUUCCCUUGACAGACGAAAUGACUGCCGGUGAACCCCAAUUUGCUAUCAACAUAUCCACUUGGCUCGACAAAAUCCCACAACCUCAGCUCCGUCAGUUGUAUGUUGAAACAAUCAUGAUUUUAGGCUCACUGCAGAAGAUGAUAAAGAAAUUCCCUGAUGUUAUAGAACUUCAUGCUAUUUUGUAUAAGGCUCAUGGUACAUUUGUAUAUGACUGUGUCAACCACAACUCAAGUUCGCUUUUAUGUGGAAUAAGUCAAGAAUUUUAUUUGACCCCACCCACUGGACAAUAUGGAACUUUGAACUAUUUGGCCCAAGCUAUUGCUCAGUUAUAUUAUUAAAUUUUCUGAUUAUACAAUUCCUGAUCAUAAUUGUUUAUUUUUUUUGUAUUAAUUUAAUUAGAUUUAUAAUUAUACUUUUUAUCUUUUCAAAGAUAGUACAAUUGUACGACUUUAAGGGUUCAGAUUCCAUCAUGGUACAUUCAUAUUGAGUUGCAUUGUUGACCAAUGCUAUUCUGAGUCCAUAGUCAGAUUUUUGAUUUAAAUUAUAGAAUGCUGAUUUUUUUCAAAAAUGUUUGUUUUUUUUUAAUUUUAAGAAUUUUUUAUCACUGCUGUCAUUCCUGAACAUGAUAAAGAUAGUAAUAGGUCAUUAUAUUACCAAAAACAUAU